UGCAUUUAAGGUUAGCCUUUCAGUUUGUCAAUACCAACUUCCUUGUUUUAUAAGGCAUUGAAAGUACUAACACAUUAGUGUACAAUGGACUACUUUUAAAUGUCUCUGAACAGCAGAAAUUAAGCCUUCACACACUUAAAUCCACCCUCCGGCGCGCCGACUUCGUUUUACGUUUGUUUACAUUCGUUACGGUUUGGGCAGACAACGUACGUAGAUAUACCGAUUUGUGUCGAUUACAAAAAAGUAAACAAAUCACCUGGAUGUGGAUAUAUUUUGACCAGUGUAUGUUGCAUGGCGAGGUAAGCGGUGCAGUGACAACGCCUCUUGACCAUCAUUAUUCCACCCUGCAAUUCGUCAUCUUUGGGUAGGUUCAUUACUGCAGAGGAUACACUUGUGUACAUGGUCCAAUCACACGUCCGUCCUCGGGUCUAACGGCCCUUGCACCAAUAUUUAACUACGCCGCCGCCAUGAUUGAAUUCGCAGUUCUUUUCUUGGUGAUAAUCGUAUUGCUCUACUGUCUUCAGCAACGCAUUCGGGAAGUUCCGCUUCCCUAUUACGACGGACGUUACGUCAUUAUCACUGGGUGUGAUACCGGAUUUGGAAACCUGCUUGCAAAGAAACUGGAUUCUAAAGGAUUCUCUGUGUUCGCGGGGUGUUUAACCAAUAACGGGGAGGAAGAGUUGAAGAAAGUGUGUUCUAAGAAACUCCAAACAUUUCCUUUAGAUGUAUCUGAUGAGGAGAGCAUAAGAAAAGCCCUGUCGUUUGUUACGUCACAGCUACCUGAUGAUACGGGUAUAUGGUGCCUUGUAAACAACGCAGGAAUUGCAGGCAGUAUUGGUCCCACCGAGUGGCAUACAAGAGACGACUAUAAAAAAGUAAUGGCAGUCAACCUCUAUGGAAUUAUCGACAUGACCAAUGCAUUUCUGUUCUUAAUAAGAAAGGAGAAAGGUCGCAUCGUUAACAUGACCAGCAUUUGCGGGAGGAUAACCCUGGCACCAACGCCAUACUGCGCCUCUAAAUACGCGGCAGAGGCGUACUCUGACUGUUUAAGGAGAGAUUUGUACAAGGAGGGUGUGACGGUUCACAUCAUAGAGCCAGGCUAUUUCGCCACAAACAUCACAGACGCUUCUAAAACAGGGUCUUUAAUGCGAUCAGCGUUCGAAAAAUGUGACGCAGAGGUGAAGGCAUACUAUGGCGAGUCCUUUCUUAAAGAAUCAAUAGAAAAGGGUUUCAAAUUCCUCAGGAUCGUCACUAACAAUAACCCGGGUCUGGUAGUGGACGCGUACUUAAAUGCCGUGUGUUCGCGGUAUCCGGCUCACAGAUAUGUGGUUGGUUUCAGUGCCCAGUUCUUUUACCGGAUCUUGUGGACUAUACCAGAGAGACUCUCUGAUUUCAUCCUAUGUUCACAACGACCGCUUCCUGCCAAGUUUGGAAAGUCUUAAAUACUCAGGAUUCAUUCAGAAUGCAGCGUGAAUGUAAACUGUGAUAAGAUGUGAAUGCAGAUUUCUUUAUUUUUAUUUUUAUUCAUGUGUACAUAUCGGUGUUGUAUAGUGUGUUCGUUUUUCAAUGCAAUAUUUCUUACUACGCUUCAAUGGAAUUCCGUAGAAUUUUCUGGUUGUCAAGAUAUUGUGUUGUAUGACAUCAUCAGUAUUUUUGUUGUUUGUUGUGGUCCAGCGAAGUACUCAUCUUGACGAACGAAUUCACGUACCGAUAUAGGCAUAAAUAAUUGUAUUUUUUGCAAAAGUGUGAAAUUUUAUAUCAUUUUAUUGAGAGUUCUAAAUUAUUAAAAUUGCUAUCAUUUUGUUAAGUUCUAGAUAAUUAAGAAUGUUAUCAUUACAUUUUGUAAAGAUUUAUGAUUUUAUAUCACUUUAUUAGAGUUCUAGAUAAUUUAAAAAAAAUAUGAUUUUUAUACUAUUUCUUAAAGGGUUCAAAAUAAUUAAAGAUGUUAUAAUUUCAUUUUAUCAAGAGUUCUACAUAAAGUUUAAUAAGAGAAAAGUACAUAUUCUAUUUCAUCAUGAAACAUGUGUAUGACCAUAGCUAGCUGUAAUAUUGUAGCCCUCUCCGGUUUCGGGAAAAAUUUGGAGAGGGCUAAAUUAUUGCAGCUAGACCAUAGCAAACAGUGUCUAUUAUAUCAUCUCUGUGACAGUCAACGACCUAGUCAGGGAACAAGUAUUAUUUAUAUAAUAAAACUGUCCUAACGUAGAGCUAAUUAAAGACCGAUAAAAUGAC